AGCGGAGCCAGCGAGAGGAGCCGCCGCCGCUACCGGACGGCCCAACUAUUACCUCAAUUUAUUGAAUAACGGUGAAUGGGAAAGCUCCUGUGACCGCCCCGGUCCAGAGGAGAGGCGGGUUAUUCCCUCGUUGGGAGGACGGAGACCAUGGCGGCGGCGACCGUUGCGGAGGCGGAUCCGGCGGCGAGCGAAGGUGGCACCGACUUCAUCGGGCUCCAGAACCCGGACUGGGAUGAGUCUCAGCUCCGGAAAUAUGCCUUCCCAACACAGCCGAUUCCCAGGCUGUCCCACACGGACCCCAGAGCAGAGGUGCUAAUACACAACGAGCAACCGGUGGUUUUAACAGACACCAGCCUCGUGUAUCCAGCUCUUAAAUGGGACAUUGCAUACCUCCAGGAGAACAUUGGCAAUGGAGACUUCUCUGUUUACACCGCAGAAAACCACAAGUUCCUCUACUAUGACGAGAAGAAAAUGGCCAAUUUCGAGAACUUUGUCCCCAAGUCUAAACGAAUGGAAAUGAAAUUCUCCGAAUUUGUGGAUAAAAUGCAUAUAACGGAGGAAAUGGGGGGAGAGGAGAGGGUGUAUCUGCAGCAGACCCUAAACGACACGGUAGGGAAGAAGAUUGUUGUCGACUUCCUCGGUUUCAACUGGAACUGGAUCAACAAGCAGCAAGCCAAGAGGAACUGGGGACAGCUGACAUCCAACCUGCUGUUGAUAGGAAUGGAGGGCAACGUGACGCCGGCACAUUACGACGAGCAGCAGAACUUCUUUGCACAGAUUAAAGGCCAUAAGAGGUGCAUCCUCUUUCCUCCAGACCAGUUUGAGUGUCUCUAUCCAUAUCCUGUGCACCACCCCUGUGACAGACAGAGCCAAGUUGAUUUUGAUAACCCUGAUUAUGAGAAAUUUCCAAAUUUUAAAAAUAUAGUUGGUUAUGAGGCUGUUGUGGGCCCGGGAGACGUGCUCUACAUCCCCAUGUAUUGGUGGCACCACAUCGAAUCGCUGCUAAACGGUGGAGUGACCAUCACCGUGAACUUCUGGUACAAAGGCGCGUCCACACCCAAGAAGAUCGAGUACCCUCUGCGAGCUCAUCAAAAGGUGGCCAUCAUGAGGAAUAUUGAGAAAAUGCUGGGAGAAGCCCUUGGAAACCCACACGAGGUCGGACCUUUACUGAAGACCAUGAUCAAGGGCCGAUAUGAGCAGGAUCUCAGUUAGAGCCUCACCCUUCAAAGCUAAGGCUGCUUUGGGAAGCGUUUGCUGCGUGAGAGAGAGCGAGCGAGUGAGCGAGCGCUGUGCGUUCUGAUGUUGGAGCGCCGCGUCACAUGUCGACACCAUUCUGCUUCCGUCGUCUCCGAGGGGCCACGGUCAUUGCAAACGCAACAAUCAGAGAAGAAACGUCCGACUUACUCACAGGAAUCCGCCCUGCUUGAAGAAGUUUUUUUUUCCUUUGAGAAGAAAAGGCCUGAUUUGGCUUUAGUUCAGGUGUAUUUUUGUGAAUUUGAGUUCUUGACAUAAUUCAAGCUAAUAGGUAUUCAGGUGCAUUUGCUCACCCAGUCGUCGGGGAUUGGUACCUUUUUGGAAUUUUGACCACUAAUGGAUGAGUUAAAGGGUAUUUACAUGUACGGCACACAUCGGUUACAUACAGCAGAUUUCUCAAACACGGCUGUGUGUUGAUUACUGAGUCUUCAGUAACAAAGACAGCUUUAAAACGGAGGCGGGGCAACCCUCUAAAGACGACCGGACUUUCAAGUGUCUUCAAUAUAGUUUACCCACUUCAUCUGCGUCUUCUCCAGGACGACGUACAACGGUGAGAGGGAUCAACAGGAAUGCUGUUGCAAAGAGGGAAGUACAGGCCCGGUAUCAAAACCAGAAGUACAGUGAUUUCAAAAACUGCAGCAUAAUAUGAUCAAAAUAUGUGUGGCUGCUCCUAUAUACAGCUGAAGGAAAAUGUGACUACUUGCAGCUAUAUUGUUAAACUGAGUGAUGCUGCUUUGUGUUUAUUUAUUGUUUCUGGACUAAAUGUGCUAUUGUGUUUACCAGUAGUAGGCAUGGUGGGGUCGGGGAGGGGGGGGGUGAUAAUGCCUCACAUUCUGCCAUCUCAGUUGCAGCCACAGUUAAGGUAAAGUAACAAAAAGAGACAGCAAACUGAAAAGAGAAAAAACUGGUGGUUUCUUUGUUUUUAUGUAAACCAUAGAUUUAUGUUCAAUCACCGGACUGAAGAAGUGGAUCUAUCUGCUGGGAUGCACUUAAUGUACCAUCGCAACUCAAUGCACCAUCUAGUGGUCAAGUUGUAUAAUGUACAUAAAAUACAACUUUUUAAUGUGCUGGAUUAAAGACAGCAAAUCUUCGAUAAUUUAACGCUGCAAUGUGUACAAAAGUUAAAUCUCAGAUAGAAUCCUCUACUCAGUUAUUUUCACUUGCAUGAAGCUGCAAUCUGAAGACCUUAAAAUGAGAGGACUCGGUGGUAAAUAUGUACAUUUAAACAAGAUGAUUUUACAUGUGCUGCAUGUGCCAAACCGACGUGGACUAACCAGUGGGUGGGUACCCCCAUACACAGAAGGCUUAGUUUGCAUGUGUCAUCAGAUGAAUCGGUGUAGGAAUUCAUUUAUUUUCAGGGUUUUAUGAGAUCAUGCAUUUCAACUUCUCUAGACAGACAAUUCCUCCGUAGAAAGACUUUAGUGGUGUCAGACGGAUGUUUCCUCCCCCUCCUCUAUUGCCAGGUUAGCUCCGUUUACGGCACGUUUGUGCCUCGCUUAACAAUGGCAUGGCACUUAAAUUUUUUAUUGACUUGAUUUAAAUUUUCGGUCUAAAUGUCUUUCACUCUGGCCUUAAACAGCUUUAACAGGUGGGAUUAACAAGGGUUCAUAGAAAUAGAGGCGUGUGUUUUUACUGAUGGAAUCCUGAUUUUCGUUUUGAACGAACAGUACGUGCUCUCCUUUAUCCUCUGAUUAAAGUUUGUUUGCCAA